AUGAGCGCCUCCGGCUCCCAAACUGCAGGCGCCUACAACGUAGACGGCGUUCCUCAUUUUCCUGAGCCGGUCCCAGCAGAUCGCGUGCCUCAAGUCAUUGCAGCAGCAGAGUCUGUACCCGUUCCUUGUCUAGUGCUCCCUCUUUCAAUGAAUGCCAUCGAAACCCCCUCGUCGGGGGGCCCCGGGGGGGGCCCCACAACAGGGGGCCCCCGUCCCUUCGGCCGUCAUUUUGCGGGCGGCAUAUUUCCUAACUUGACGAAUAUUACAAAGCCUCCAGCCUUUUCGUAUUCGUUUCGAAACGCAGAAAUGAACGUCCGGUUUUAUGGGGGUGGUCAAGAGGGGGAAGAGAAGGACGAAAACUCUGAGAGCGACGAAGAGCAAGGGGAGCAGUCUAGCAAAUGCGUCUCUGCCUCUAAAGACUUCCUAUCUGCUGUAUUUCCCAAUACAUAUCCCCUCUUUUGGCUGGCCCUGCCCUUCGCAGUCUGUGCAGUGCUGGCCGCCGCCUCCUUCGGCAAUAACACCCACGCAGAAGAAGAAGGCCUUGUGGUGUUUGCGAGAGAAAAUCGAUUCAACGCAGCAGCCAACGACCCCGACACCCAAACCACAUUUGUGAAGCACAUGAGCACAAGGGAUCUGACAUUUCAAGGCGUUGUCGUCCUCAUCUUUAUAUCUCUCAUCAACACAGCGGCCUGGCUGGGGUGUAUGUUGGCGAGGGCUGUCUUUUUGACUAUAAUUGUGAAUAUUGGCCUCUACCAAAAGCAAAGCGUCUCCUCCUUGUUGACGACUGUCGACCCCGAGUUGGUGUAUUUCCUCUGGAGUGUUGGCAUGUACAUCUUCUGGCAAAAGAACGUACGACCAGCUAAAUGCCAGGGGGCCCUCAGCCUUGUAAUUAUCCUUCUCGCAGCCCGGCGGCUCGUGCAAAGCGUUAUGAUUUUUUACUUCGAGUUGGGGUUUAUGGCCAGCAUGAGUGGCCAAGUCGUCAAAUACCUCACCAAAUACGCAGCGCUAAGAAAACUCAAUACCAAAUGGGCUGCCUACCACCUGUGUAGGGACACAAUAUCUCAAGCUUCGUGCGACGGCACGAGCCAAGACGACGAAGACAGAAUGGACGGUGCGGGCGGCCUCAGAUGUCCAGAGUUGAGGAGAGGGAGAAGCACCAUCUCUGUCACGUCCAGGGCUUCGCGGUUCUCACGGCAUCCGUCUUUGAGAGUUCCCACUCGGGCCCUUCCUUCUCUUGUUCUCGACAAGCCGGAGCUUCCACCCCCUCCGUGCUCAGCUGAAGUGGGGAAGGCAAACAUCAGCAGGUGCAAGCAUAUUGGCCUGCCGAGUCAGCUGACACGGUCCUCCAUAGAACGCUGUAAGCAUAGCCGCAUCCACCACUGGCUGCUGCUUCAGUAUGUCGCCGUCUUCCCGCCUGCCGUCUUCCUGCAGGGACAGCGCAUUGAGCUGGACUCGAAGGCGAAGGCUCGUGAGGUCUCCGAGCGUCUCUUCUACGCCCUCGCGAAGGACGCUUCAGAAUUAGCAGCAACAGAACAGCAGGUCUGUAGAGACUCUCCCUCCAGCCUCAAGCCCAAGGGAGCACCUUUCCUUAAUGAGUUUCCUCCGAGCCAUAGACAACAACAAAAUGAACAAGAAAGGUCAGUCACGUGGCUGGGCAGCCCAGAGCUUCAGAAAGUCGUUACUAUUGACCCCACAGAGGAGGUCAGUCGACCCACAGCAACGGCAGCAGCUGCAGCAGCAAGAACCGCUGUUACAUCAACUGUUGCAACAAAUUCUGCAGCAGCAACAGCGGCAACUGCAACUCCGCAAGGGGCGACAAACUCUGCAGGAGCCUCUGCACCGCUGCCCAACAACAGCACUGCCUCAACAGAUCCAGCUGGGGAGGGGGAGUGCAACACCAGGGUCAAUUCAUCUUCUCCCCCUUCUGUCUCCUUGCAAGCCUCCUUGCAUGGAGACUCAUCGUCUGAAGGCGAAGGGCUUUGUCCCCAAAGCGAGGCCUCUGCUUCCGUCUCUGAGGCUGCCUCCGUCGGCUCCGCGCACAACGACAGACUUAGGCGCUCGGGCAAGCGAAUUGCCGAGAUUCUCGGCUCCUCUGCUGCUUCUUCUGCUGCUCCUGCUUCACUUGCUGCUCCUGCGGGGAGCAAUGGCAGCAGCAGCAGAAUACGCGGCAGCCGCAAAAGCCCCGUCCCUGAGUGUACAGAACAAGCGGAAGGAGCACAGGGAGAUACGACAGCUAAUCGCAGUGCAGAGGUUUCCGACACCAGGGUAGCCAAUGUUGAGGCUGCACGGCGACUGAACACACAGCACAUUUCAACCUUGACAUCAUUUAAUAUUGCAAUCAGGGCUCCUUCGCUAGACAGGGAGAACAGUGAAAGUCCUCAGGCGAGUGAUUUGGGCCGCACGUUCGAGGAAGACACGCAGCAAGGUGUCCCGCUUCCCCCGGAGAGUACAGGUGCUGCAGAAGCUUCCACGAGGCCCAUUGCACGCUUCGCCUCCGGGCAACUCGCCCAGUGCCCACAGGACUUAGGUGCAUCUGCAUCUGCCUCCCUCGGCUCACGCGAUCGAGAAAGAAGACGCACGGUGGACAAAAAGCCCAAGGAAGACGUUGAGAUGGCUUCCCGUGCACCGAUAUCACAGCCGCCAGUGCAGACUGCAGCCCACAGAGUCAACAGCGCAACAGCAGUUGAAGGUGAUUCGGGCGUCAACGAGUUAUGGAGAAUGUCCUGUCCUUCGGCGCCUCCCCACCAGCGAAGCUUUAGUCUAGAAAGUGGGCCUUCGUUUAGUUCUUCCUCUCCAGAUGAAGAUUCGAUGAAAGAAGACAGAUGCACAGAGACAAGGCAACCAAGCAAAGGGGAUUCGGAGGCAGGGGGACCACAAGACGACAGGCCGAAAGUGACUUCAGAGAUUCUGGGAGCUGUAAACACCACCAGUUCUUCUUUCUUUGACGACUACUCUGUCAGCUGCUUCUUCUCGAAGACCUCCCCCAGCGCCUCCGACUUUCAUUUCGCAGCGGCAUCAACCUGCAGCGGAGAUCGAGCUGGGCAUACGGGGGCCUCCCGGCGUCUCCUCGACCCCAGCAGUGCUGGAGAAGAGGAGUAUUUCCCUGUUAGAAGGAGACGCCGCUCCGUCAAGCGAAAUGUGCCCGAGUACUUCACCAGGUCAUUCGUUGAAAUGUUCCUCAAAGAAGACGAAGUCGAGGAGUUCAUGAAGCUCGUUGACCUAGCAGGGCAUGGAAAGAUAAACCAGCCAAUGUUUAAGAGGGCUGUCGUCUCCAUCUACAAAAUGCGAAAAGCCCUCCUUAAAUCCCUCACGAGUCAGGCGAGCAUUUGCAAAACAGUGAGGCGGAUGAUUUCAGUGGUCUUGUGGGUGGCAACCCUUGUUGCGAUGUUGUUGGUAUUUGGCGUCAACCUGAACACCGUCCUGGUCUCCGGCGCCGCUUCUAUUUCCGCCCUGGUCGUCGCGCUCAGCUACAUUUAUCAGAACUUCAUUACUGCUGUAAUUUUUGUGGCGUUCACGAACCCGUACAAUGUCGGCGACAGGGUGCGCAUAGACAACGGAGAGGCUAUGUACGUCCGCAAUAUCCACACCUACACCACCGAGUUCGUCACGAUCCAUUCAAAACCGAUAGUGUAUAGCAACAGCGUGCUGUUUGGUCGACAGUUGACGAACGAGUCUCGAGCUACAAACGCCACGUUCUCAAUGCCGAUGCGCCUCGACAUCCGCACGCAGCUCCAGUCCCUGCGCUUCUUAGAGGCGGGGAUGCGCAGGGCCAUCGCUGCCCGACCCAUGGAUUUUGUUAAGGACUCCUUCAGCAUCUACAUCACAGAUGUGCAACCAGGACGAUGGAUGGAUAUAACUGUUUGGCUCAGCGCAGUUGAAGGGUGGGGUAACGCUCCCAAAGUGUUGCGGCUGCGAACGGACAUGUAUCUCGUCCUGCAGCGCCUGUGCCUCCGCUUCGGAAUAUCUUACCAAGAACCGCUUCUGCCUGUACAACUCAACGCCUCUCCGCCUGCAACAGCAUCUGCUGCUGCAACUGCGAUCUCCAAUACUCCGGCACAGCAAACAGUGGCACCGCUUCACCACUUUCACUCGUCAACAUCUCACGGGGCAGCGGCAGAAGAUGCGUAUGGAGCUUUUCUAAAUUCGGAGAGCUGGGAGCAGUUCGAUGGCCACUACAGAGAUAUCCCCCAACGCAAAAGCGGCAUGCCGCUACAGGACCUAAGGUGCGAGCCUUCUGAAUUCGGCGAACUGGUACCCCCAGGUCCUUUCCCUGGUGCAUCUCGGGGGGUUUCAGGAGGGCAAGUGAAGCGGAGGCGCCCAAAUUCAGCCCACAAUACCAGCCCAGUUAGCUGCAGCAAAGCGUCAACCACAACCUGCAAUAGCUGGCGCCAAGAGGAGAAAUACGGCACACGUUGGAGGUUUGAGGAGACCUCGAGGUGCCAUCAUGGGUUUCACAAAGCAGGUCAUGUGUUUGCAUCUACUUCAAGCAUGGCUUCUGCAAGAUACAUUGCGCCUUCGAACUGUAAGGACACAGAGACAGAGACAGAGACAGAGAUGGAGACAGAAAUAGAGAGAAGGCAAUAUUCCUGGGCUGCAGAUGAACCGCUACAAAGCUGUCUCAACGGUCACUCCUGCGUCGCUUUCCCACCUGUUAAGGAGGGGGCGGCGGCUGAGGGUUGGCAGCCACACCCAAUGCCACCAUAUUUACCGAAACAGGUGAACACAGCUGUACAGGGAAAUGCACUGCCGAGAAGACGACGCCGCGUGUCAAUGCUGCAAGAAGGCCUCGCAGCGUCGCGUUAA